AUGGGCGGUGAAGUCUCAAACAAGACCUGGGUCUUCAAGAAGUCUCCCUCUAGCCUACCAGAGCCCGGCGUCCAUACCGCCUUUGAGGAUCGCCCCUUGAGCCUGGUCGCACCACCCGGCGGUCUCGUCAUCAAGCUCCUCACAGCUGGUCUCGACCCCCAUCAGAGAGACCGUAUGAGAGGAGCUGGCAACGUCGACUACGUACCCGGCUAUGAAGUCAACGAGCCCAUCACCAACUUCUCCAUCGCAAAGGUCAUCCGCUCAGACAACGAUGCUUUUGAGGAGGGAAGCUUGAUCGCUGGUAGUCUUCCCAUCGCUGAGUAUGGCAUCAUCCCUAAAGAGCUUAUUGAUGCUAGAGCUAUGGCGUCACCGCUUGUUUGGAAGGUCUCCAACGACUACAACCUGGAUGUUAAGCACUAUGUUGGUACCCUUGGUCUGGCUGGUAUGACUGCUUGGAACUCCUUCUACGGUCUAGUCAAGCCCGUCAAGGGUGAAACAAUCUGGGUCAAUGCUGCGUCAUCCUCUGUCGGCGAGGUUGUUGUUCAACUCGCCAAGAUCGAAGGCAUGAAGGUCAUUGCCAGUGUAAGCUCUGACGAUAAGCUCGACUACGUGGUCAAUGAGCUGGGUGCCGAUGUCGGCUUUAACUACCGAAAGGAACCUGUUGGCAAAGCCCUCAAGCGUCUUGCACCAGAUGGACUAGACGUUGUCUUUGAGAACGUUGGCGGUGAUCAUUUCCAAGCUGCCAUUGAGAACAUGAAGUGGUUCGGCCGCAUCAUCAGCUGUGGAACAGCAUCUCAGUACAACAAACCAGUUGAGGAGCAGUAUGGUGUCACCAACCUGUCAGAGAUCUUCCGUCGUCGCAUCAAGAUUCAGGGUUUCAUUUUCUGGGAUGACAACAUUUACACCGACAACAUUGAAAACUUCAAGGCUACUAUGCCGAAAUGGGUUUCGGAGGGAAAGAUCAAGUCCCGUUAUACUCAAUUUGAAGGUAUCGAGCAGGCUGACAAGGCGUUUUUGUCCAUGUUCACUGGUGGAAGUCAUGGUAAGACGGUGCUCAAGAUUAGCGACCCUGGAUUGUGA